GGCGCACUGCAGACCGAGGCGUAAACACGGAAGAGCCGUUAAGAGUAUCAGCAGCAGAGACGGUUUAACGGUUGUAGAGACUCCUUGUUAACAAGCGACAGCUCGCUGUAAUCUCUCUUCUAACUAGCUAGCUAGUUUCAGGACAUAACCGGCUAACAGGCUCCAUCACGUCGCUGUAAAGUUAACAUUCCGCUUGACUUCGUAACGUUAUGACGGUGUCGAUAGAUUAAAACAGUGUGGAAGCAGCUGAAGACGAUGCCCGCUCGGAACGUUGUGUCGGGUAGAGUCGGGUACUCUCGGGUGGCCUCCGAUGAUGACGGGUACAUCGACUUACAGUUCAAAAGGAGCCCACCCAAAGUCCCGUACAAAGCCAUAGCGCUCGCCACAGUCCUCUUCUUAAUCGGCUCUCUGUUGAUCAUCAUCGGCUCCCUUCUCCUGGCUGGAUACUUCGGGGUCACCCACUCGGACCGAACCGUACCCGUCCUUAUCAUUGGGAUCCUCGUCUUCCUGCCUGGAAUUUACCACCUACGGAUAGCUUACUAUGCAUCACGGGGUUACCGGGGCUACUCCUACGACGAUAUCCCCGACUUUGAUGACUGAAACGCCACAGUCUUCAGCCACAGUCUUCCUGUACUUACGUAUACUCUUAAUAUUCUGCUUCAGCUAAUUCAAGGGCACUGAUAUUUUAAAAGAAAAUGAGUUUAAUAACAUUGUCUGUAAAAAUAACAGACACCACCCAUUGGUUUGUGGACUGUUUAGUAUUUUAACGGAUGUGACGAUCGACGAUCUGUGAAUUCUUCUAAAUCUGAAUGAUUUGGAUUUUAAUGUCAUGAGGUUAUAUGACAGCCUGCUGUUAGGAAGCCCAAUCAGUAUCAGAUGUUGUUUGAUUUGCAUAUUUGUUUUGUUAGCUUGAUAAAUGAAUUAAACUUUAUGUUAAAGAGUA